UGGUGAGGGUCUUCCUUGCUUGCUCUUUUGCACACCUGUACGUCUGUGCUGAGGAUGCAGAUGUUACCGUUAACCAGAAAGGCAGGAUGUUUCUGGAAAGGAAGAUGUGUUGUCAGGUGUGGUACGGGGUUCAGAGUUGUCAGGAAACUUCAGUGGGGUGUAAAGUGGCACCGACAUCGCUGCUCUCUGCACAGGGUGGCUCUGGGGACCCAUGCGCUGUUGGCAGAAGUCUGUAGCAGAAUGCAAGGCACAGGACGUGCUCCAGGAUCAGUAGCUUCUAGGAUUGUUAUUUGGUUUGGGGUGGUCUCUUGCAGUGCGUUUUCAGCUGGGGGUGCAUGUGUCCCCCAGGGUUCCUUUGGCAAUGGCGGGAGACAGUUUCAGUUGUCACAGCUGGGAGGUGCUACUGGCAUCUGGUGGGUGGAGGCCAGGGAUGCUGCUCCACAUCCUGCAGUGCACAGGACGGCCCCUACCGCAGAGGGUGACCCGGCCCCAAAUGUCACUAGUGCCGCCUGGAGAAGCCUUGCUCUCUCGCUUGGGUAUUAUCUGUACUUUUGGAUUAUCUGCUCUGUUGUCAUCCGUGGGGAGCUGUGUAUUCUGAGUUGUGUGUUUUGAUUUACUCUUGUGUUUUUGUUGGGUCAUCUUGUGUGUUUCUGUUAGAGGAGAACCUGCUCAUCCCCCCAAAAAACUUUUUUUCACGAUCUCUGGCCAAGUGACCUUAGCAGGUCACCUUCUCUCUCUGGACUUCAGUUUUCAUUAAUUCAACAAGUACCUCUAGCUGUGGGCCUGGCCUGGUGCUGAGUCCUGGGAAAUUGGCAUCUUCUGGGGGAGACAGGUGAUUGAACAGGCAGAGCCUGUCACACAGCCGUCAGGUGCUGUCGUAGGGUGACCACGGAAGCCAGGGAAGCGUGGAGCAGGCCCUGAACACAGUCAGGGGAGGCUUCCUGGAGGAAGUGGUGUCUGCGCUGAAGCCUGAAGGACCCACGAGGAGCUAGUGAGGCUCAGAGAGCUGGAGGGAAGGCAGAGGGAGCAGCUGAGCCAGGGCAGAGGCGAGGGCGCGUCCAGCAGUCAGGUGUGGCGGGAGUGUUGGGCGCCAUGCGGGUUGCAGCAGGAGAAGAGGGCGCCAUGUUUUGGAAGUUUGACCUGCACACGAGCUCGCACCUCGACACGCUGCUGGAGCGGGAGGACCUGAGCCUGCCCGAGCUGCUGGACGAGGAGGACGUGCUGCAGGAGUGCAAGGUCGUCAACCGCAAGCUGCUGGACUUCCUGCUGCAGCCACCGCACCUGCAGGCCAUGGUGGCCUGGGUCACCCAGGAGCCACCGGCCAGUGGCGAGGAGCGGCUGCGCUACAAGUACCCCAGCGUGGCCUGCGAGAUCCUGACGUCGGACGUGCCCCAGAUCAAUGACGCUCUGGGCGCGGACGAGGCCCUCCUGAGCCGGCUCUAUGGCUUUCUGCAGAGCAGCGGCAGCCUCAACCCGCUGCUGGCCAGCUUCUUCAGCAAGGUCAUGGGUGUCCUCAUCAACCGCAAGACGGACCAGCUCGUGUCCUUCCUGCGGAAGAAGGACGACUUCGUGGACCUGCUGCUGCAGCACAUCGGCACCUCGGCCAUCAUGGACCUCCUGCUGCGCCUCCUCACCUGCGUGGAGCGGCCGCAGCUGAGGCAGGAGGUUUUCACUUGGCUCAAUGAGGAGAAGAUCGUCCAGCGGCUCAUCGAGCAGAUUCAUCCCUCGAAAGAUGACAAUCAACAUUCCAACGCGUCCCAGUCUCUGUGCGACAUCAUCCGCCUGAGCCGGGAGCAGAUGAUCCAGGUCCAGGACAGCCCAGAGCCCGACCAGCUGCUGGCCACCCUGGAGAAGCAGGAGACAAUCGAGCAGCUCCUGAGCAACAUGUUGGAGGGGGAGCAGAGCCAGUCGGUGAUUGUCAGCGGGAUCCAGGUGCUGCUGACCCUGCUGGAGCCCAGGAGGCCCAGGUCUGAGUCUGUGACUGUGAACAACUUCUUCAGCAGUGUGGAUGGACAGCUGGAGCUCCUGGCCCAGGUGACCCUGGACAGCUCUGUGUCCAGUGUGGGUGCCCUGCACGCCCUGCGCCCGCGGCUCAGCCACUUCCACCAGCUCCUGCUCGAGCCACCGGAGGUGGGCCGGGUGGAGCCGCUGCGCACGACCUGGGGCAGCCUGGCCCCGCCCCUGGGCAACACGCGGCUGCACGUGGUCAAGCUGCUGGCCAGCGCCCUGAGCGCCAACGACGCAGCCCUGACCCAGGAGCUCCUGGCGCUGGACGUGCCCAACACCAUGCUGGACCUCUUCUUCCACUUUGUGUUCAACAACUUCCUGCAUGCCCAAGUGGAGGCGUGCCUGAGCGCCAUGCUGGGCUCCAGGCCCCCUUCCCACAGCAGUGCCGAGACGCCUGCCUCCAACCCCGUCGUGAAACACCUGCUGCAGCAGUGCCGCCUGGUGGAGCGCAUCCUGACCUCCUGGGAGGAGAACGACCGCGUGCAGUCCGGAGGGGGCCCACGGAAAGGCUACAUGGGCCACCUGACGAGGGUGGCCAACGCCCUGGUUCAGAACGCAGAGAAGGGGCCCAACGCCGAGCAGCUGGGGCAGCUGCUGAAGGAGCUACCGGGCGACCAGCAGGAGCAGUGGGAGGCCUUUGUGUCGGGACCCCUGGCAGAGACCAACAAGAAGAACAUGGUGGACCUGGUGAACACCCACCAUCUGCACUCCUCCAGCGACGACGAGGAUGACCGGCUCAAGGAGUUCAACUUCCCUGAGGAGGCGGUGCUGCAGCAGGCCUUCAUGGAUUUCCAGAUGCAACGCAUGACCUCAGCCUUCAUCGACCACUUCGGCUUCAACGACGAGGAGUUUGGGGAGCAGGAGGAAAGCGUGAACGCACCUUUUGACAAGACGGCCAACAUCACCUUCUCCCUCAAUGCCGACGAUGAGAACCCCAAUGCCAACCUGCUUGAGAUAUGCUACAAGGACCGGAUCCAGCAGUUCGAUGACGACGAGGAGGAAGAGGACGAGGAGGAGGGUCAGGGCUCCGGGGACUCUGAUGGGGAGGAUGGUGCCUGGCAGGGCCGCCAGCUGGCCAGGGGCGCCCGCCUGGGCCAGUCCCCGGGCGUGAGGAGUGGAGGCAGCACAGACAGCGAGGAGGAGGAGGAGGAGGAUGAUGAUGAGGAGGAGGAGGAGGACGGCGAUGGCCGGGCAGCCAGCAGAGGGGCCGGGCCCCCUUCUUACCCCAGCCCCGGCCCUCAGCCUCCGGGCUCCAACUGGACAGCCAGCUUUAAGCCAGUGCCUACGGACGCCAUGACCGGCCCCCAAGACUCCAGGGAGGAGGAGCCUCGCCCUGGGUCCCCAGUCCCACAGGGGCCCCUCGCCAUGCCCUGGAACCUCCCAGCCCAGAGCCCAGCUGGCCCUGCAGCCCGUGAUGCGCUGCAGCUCAGGUCUCAGGACCCCACACCCCCCUCAGCACCUCAGGAAGCCACAGAUGGCAGCAAAGUAGCGGAGCCCUCGGCCCCCUGCCAGGCCUUGGUCAGCGUCGGGGACCUCCAGGCCACCCACAGAGGGACGUGCUCCACCCCCAGCUCCUUGGACAGUGCAACCAGAGACCCUGCUACCUCUGUCCCAGCCCCUGGGGCCCACCAGCCCCCCCAGACCGCGGAGGGGGAGAAGAGCCCAGAGCCCUUGGGGCUCCCCCGAAGCCAGAGUGCCCAGGCCCUUGAGCCGCCUCCGAUACCCAAUGGCUCUGCCCCGGGAGGGCCGCUGUGCCCGGGCUCCCAGUAACUGCCUGGUCCCAGCCGUGGCGGCCAAGUCCUCCGUACUCCAUGUGGACCUGCCCGGGUGGGGGGCAGGGCGGGUCCCACGAUGGCCCGGUUGCCCCAUCACCCCACCCCCGCCCACGCUCUUUCUGGACUCCCAGGAGGCUGGUGCAGGGAGCUAGGCCCCCCACCCCCACCCGCAUCUGCACUGAGAAAAGAAAUUACGGAGUCUGUCUCCCAGAAUAAAGAUAAAGAGUCGAGUACAGAGAGAGGAGAGAGAGAGAGAGAGAGAGAGAGACCUAUAUUAUAUAUUAUAUAUAUAUAUAAAUAUAUAUAUGUGUUGAGGGGGAGAGAGUGGGCGGGAGGAGAGCCAGAAGGAAGCCAGGCCGAGGGGCGAGGGGGGACCUUCACCGUGUCCCAGCAGGGCCCCUGCACCCUCUCCCCUCCCGCCACGCCCCCGCCCUCCGGUGCAGACGGCCUCUCAGCUCAGGUCACCUCGGGGAGGGCCCGAGUGCGGGCUGUGCCUUUGCCCACCCCCGGCCCCGGACCCUGCACUUUCACCCGAGCUGGGAGCUAAAGGACCCUCUGCCUGGCCCAGCCAGCUCUGUGGGGGCUGGGGUCCCAGUCCCAGGGGGUCCGCCUUGGUGUCAUUCCCACGGGGCCCUGAUGCACUCACCGAGACCCCCGCACCUCCCGUAGACCCAGAGGCAGGGGUCCGGCUGGGGUCCCCCUCCCAUGCCCAAGGGCCUGGGGUCCAGCCCAGCUGCCAAGUGACCUUGUCCCAGCUCCCUCUCCCCAAGCCGGCGUGAGUGUGCGUGUGUUCGUGCUGAGCUUCUAUUUCAUAUUGCAAAUAUAAAUAAAUAAAGGAAGACA